GACCCCCAAAUUUCUUCGAACCAAAUUGCCCUCCAGAAUUUAUCAACAAUUAUUACAAAUUUUUUCUCCUUAUUUCGUUUUGGUUUCUAAUUGAGAUCAGAGCCGGCGAUGAAAGCAGUCUUCAAUCUCAGUUCUUCACUCUCUCUUUCGCCGUCACAGUCGCACUACAGGACCACCGCCGUCUUCACUCCUCGUCGACGGAUCGCUUCUUCGUCAACAGCCGUCGGCGGCGCUUGCUCGUCGUGUCGUACACAUUUGACUCUCUUUCCACAGCAUCGAUCUUCGUUUUCGCCUCUGCGAUGCAAUGUGAGGGAGACGGUGCCGGAUCAAGAAAUGGCGUCAACCGAUGAACAAGACCCACGCAUAGCCAAAAUCUCCAAGGCCAUUCGAGUUAUCCCAGAUUUUCCUAAACCAGGGAUUUUGUUUCAGGACAUUACAACUUUGCUUCUUGAUACAAAGGCCUUCAAGGACGCUAUCGAUUUGUUCGUGGAGAGGUACAGAGGGAAGAAUAUCUCUGUCGUUGCUGGAAUUGAGGCGAGGGGUUUCAUUUUUGGCCCUCCGAUAGCUCUGGCUAUUGGUGCAAAAUUUGUUCCCAUGAGAAAACCCAAGAAGUUGCCUGGUGAAGUCAUUUCAGAAGAGUACUCUUUAGAGUAUGGAACCGAUAAAAUUGAGAUGCAUGUAGGAGCUGUUGAAGCUGGAGAACGUGCUCUUGUGAUAGAUGAUCUCAUUGCAACUGGGGGAACCUUGUGUGCAGCAAUAAGGCUACUUGAGCGAGUUGGCGUUGAGGUGGUCGAGUGUGCAUGUGUGAUCGAGCUGGAUGGACUAAAGGGCCGUGAACGAUUGGGAGGCAAACCUCUAUUCGUUCUAGUUAAUGCAGUGGGAUGAUCGUAGCCUUUUUAUGCAUAUGCCAUGUUUGGAAAUGAUGAUACUGAGAUUGUAUCACUGCUAAAAGUCGAAGUUUCAAAGUGUUACAUAAUUUUGAAGCGGAGAGUCUGGCUAGAAAUAAAAGGGUUGGUAUUAGUUUGAGAGUUGAAGAGAUUAAACAAUAGAAGAAAAAAAGGUCUGUAGGGACUGUAUUAGCUUUUGAUUAUUCUGUGGUGGUAAUGUAUUUGUUCUGCUUUCUCAUUUCUGCCUAGCUGUUGAAGAUGGGAAGGAAAAAGAGAGAUGGUUGAAGUUAAUUUUGAAUAUUUGCAGAAACUUCUUUAUUUUCCAGUUUAUUAGUUUUUAUAUCCAAUAAAAAUGCCUACUACCCCCACAUCCCAAUGCAACAUUA